AGUACUUAGUUAUUCGUCGUCAUCAAAAAGAGAUAAAUAUUUCUGCACCUGUGUUAUUAAUGUUAUCAUAAAGAUAGGUCUACUGUAACCAGGAAGUAGAACUUGGGAGGUCAAGAUAGUUACAAUUAAAACUGUUAAACUCCCACAAAAUGGCGACAGACAAGGACAUUAAGUCGUCUGUGGUUGCUAGUUCAGAGGAGAUUUUAGAUACAAAUUGCUCACCGUGUUCGGAAUCUGGAAAACUAAUAGAAGCAGUUAAGUUUUGUGUGGAUUGUGGGUCGUAUUUCUGUUCUAAAUGUCUUCAAGAUCACAAUAAAUUUCCAGCACUAAGAUCACACCAGAUAUUAGACAAAUCAGAUAAAAUCAAAUCAGAUGGAAAUAUUGAACCUGGACCCGGACUACCAACAGAAAGGUGCGCAAUUCAUCAUGGCAAGUUAGUGGACAUGUUUUGUAAAGACCAUGACGAAGUUUGUUGUGCAGCAUGUAUAGCUAUAAAACACAGGUCAUGUAUAAAUGUUGAUUAUCUACCCGACGUUGCCAAGGGUAUUAACCAAAGUGCUGAGUAUGAAAAAACGAAAUCAUCACUCGAGAAUGUUCUCAUCGAAUUAAGAGGUGUGGUAGAAGCUAAAACAGAUAAUCUCAAAAUACUUAUAGAGGAUAAGAAGCAGUUAUUUGAAGAGAUAGAAAAUUUGAAAGCGGAAAUUCUGAUGAAGAUUGAAGAACUUGUAGAAACCUCAAAACAACAAGUAUCAUUGAAGUAUGGAGAACUAAAGAAACAUAUCCAGUCAGAUCUAGACACUUUAAAUACUAUUUCAACAACAAUAACAACAGAUCUCCGGAAACUGUCAGAAAAAAAUGAAUCCAAGUUGUUUGUAAAUCUCAAAGCAAGUAAAGUUUCUAUCAAGGAUUGUGAAACUUUUUUGAGUGAAUUAUCAACAGGUAAUGUAAAUGAGAAGUUGGGAUUGGUGGCGAAUAACAGUCUGAAAGAUGAACUAAAUGACAUUGAGAGUCUGGUCUCUGAUGUUAAAAUUGAGAGUUCGGUUGAUGUCAUCGGUGUGAAGGAAUACAAAGCAACACUUUCUGGAAAAUACAAGAUCGAUCAGAAACAUUGUUGGGUAACUGGUAUAUGCGUCAUGGAUGAUGGUUCAUUUGUCAUUGCCGAUUUCACACAUUUGAAAUUAAAGCGACUGAAUGAAGAAUUGAAGGUAACAGAUUUUGUUGAAUUAGGUGGAAAACCAUACUCAGUAUGCAGAGUAGGGCAAAACGAGGUUGCAACGUACAUAAAUGGUAAAGGUCAGAUACAGCUUUUUUCGCUCGGAAACACUAUGCAGUUGGCAUCGACAAUAAAUAUCGGCAAGUUUAAUAAUCCUGUUGGUGUUUGUUAUGAUACAACGCUUGACGCUAUCAUGUUAUGUGAAAGUAAUAAAAUGUCUGUAUAUAGCAAGUCCGGUAACUUAAUAAAAACACUUGAGAAGAAUAAAAAUGGUGACCAGCUAUUUAAAGCAGCAAGACAAGUAGAAAUGAGCACAAAUAAUAAGCUCAUGGUUGUUUCAAAUGACGACGGAAAUAAUGUGAAGGCAUUGACAAGAGAUGGUGAAAUAGUUUGGACAUUUAGUGAUCCAGCAUUGCAGAGACCAUGGGGAGUCUGUAUCCUGCCUGGAGACAUAAUCUUAGUCGGUGGGGUAAACUCAAACAAUGUACUGCAGCUUAACAAAAAAGGUGAACAGGUCAUUGAACUGUUGGGGGCUUCUGAACAACUAAACGAACCGUCUGCGUUGGCUUUUGACAAGAGGAGUUCUCGGCUGUUAGUAGGGAGCGAUUCAAAUGAAUUGCGCGUGUAUACGUUGUCUUCUAAGACAUAGAAUAUACUUGUAGGGUAAUCAGAAACACCAUUGACUGGGCGUGACACUAUCAAACUUGGUUAUCAUAACAGUUAUGCGAUGAAAAGAAUGUUGUUUUGUUAAAAAUCAUUUCAAAUAACAGGCAUGGCAUGCUACCUCUUGUGUCCGAUAUUGCUAACACUGGCUUUUGAUAAUUUUCAAUUAAUAGCUCUGUUCAAUAAUACAUGUGAAAUGUGGCAUACAGAACUUGGUGUCAUAUAUUUUUUAUUUAUUCUAAUCUCCACUGAAAUUU